UCUCUUCAAUCCCCACCACCAUAUUUUAAAUUAUAAAAUAAAAGUUUACCUUUAGUGAUGGCGGCGAUGAGCAAUAAUGAUGAUGUCAAAAGUGCAAGAAGACAUGGUUUAAAGCAAAGACGAUGAUGUCAGUCAUUACAAUAAUACGCACCAGAAACGCACUUGUAUCAUACAAAAAUAAAGUCUAUUUGUGUUCAAAUUAUUUAAUUAAAUAGUUUACAUUGUCAAUUUUCUUUAUUUAUAUUAUAUAAUGUGAAUAGUGCGGCAACGUCAAACACGCGUAUAAAUAAUAAGCAUCGGCUGACAUAACCUCACUUUUUCGUAAAACGAAUUAAAUUCUUUUUUUUCCAUAUAUAGCCUAGCUAACGUAAAUUAUUUAUUUAUUAUAGACUGCCUAGCAUUAUUUUUAACAAAAAAAAAAAGUUUUCAGUGAAUUUAUAUAUAUAUAUAUAUUGAUAAAACAAUGGCAAAUACCGGAGUAUUACCUUUUGUAAGAGGAGUAGAUUUCAGUAGAAAUGAUUUUGGAAAGGGGAAAUUUCCAGAGUCUGUACGUGCGAUGACUGGGAUUCAAUGGUUAAAAUUAGAUAAUACCAAUUUAUCAGAAAUCCCUGAGGAAAUGGGAAAAUUACUUAAAUUGGAACAUCUUUCUUUAGUAAGAAAUAAAUUGGAACGUUUGUACGGUGAAUUAACUGAAUUAAAUUGUCUAAGGACAUUAAAUAUAAGGCACAAUAAUGUCAAAUCGAGUGGAAUACCAAGUGAAUUAUUUCAUUUAGAGGAACUCACAACGUUAGACAUAAGUCAUAAUAAUUUACGAGAAGUACCCGAAGGUUUAGAACGAGCUCGUUCUUUACUUAAUUUAAAUCUAAGUCACAAUCACAUCGAAGUUAUUCCUAAUACAUUAUUUAUUCAUUUAACGGAUUUAUUGUUUUUGGAUUUGAGUAAUAAUCAAUUGGAAACUCUGCCACCUCAAACGAGACGUCUUGCAAAUUUACAAACAUUAAAUUUAAACAAUAAUCCUUUGGGUCAUUUUCAAUUAAGGCAACUACCAUCGUUGAUGAACUUGACAGUAUUGCAAAUGAGAGACACACAACGCACACUUAACAAUAUUCCAUCGAAUAUGGAAAGUUUAACGAAUUUACAAGAGCUUGAUCUUUCACAAAAUGCAUUGCCACGUGUGCCUGAUGCACUUUAUUCACUGCCAAAUUUACGUAGAUUAAAUAUGAGCGAUAAUGAAAUUACUGAACUUUCAACAGCAAUUGAAAUGUGGCAAAAAUUAGAAACAUUGAAUCUUUGUCGAAACAAAUUGACUGCAUUGCCAAUUUCAUUGUGUAAAGUAUUAUCACUGAGACGAUUAUAUUUAAAUGACAAUGAAUUAGAUUUUAAAGGAAUUCCAUCUGGAAUUGGAAAAUUAUCAGCAUUACAAGUAUUUUCCGCGGCUAAUAAUCAUUUGGAAAUGAUUCCAGAAGGUUUAUGCAGAUGCGGAUCAUUGAAACAAUUGAUAUUGACCUCGAAUAGACUGAUUACUGUACCAGACGCAAUACAUUUAUUGACGGAUUUAGAUUGUUUAGAUUUAAGGGACAAUCCAAAUUUAAUAAUGCCACCGAAACCAACUGAAAUUCAAAAAGGCGCUGGCAUUGAAUUUUAUAACAUUGAUUUUUCCCUACAACAUCAACUUCGUCUUGCAGGAGCAAAUAUUCCAGCGCCAGCUCAAACAGCAAACAGUAGUAAGGAUCCAAUUGCCCGAAAAAUGAGACUAAGACGAAGACGAGAUCAAGAGGAAGCUGAUCAGGAUCAGGCAAAAAUCUUGAAGGGAAUGAAAGAUAUAGCGAAGGAAAAAAAUAAAGACAAAGGCUGGGAGGAUGUAAAAGCUGAAUCUCUAAAGCCAAAAAGAUGGGACGAGGCUUUAGAGAAACCGCCAUUAGAUUAUUCGGAAUUUUUUGACGAAGGUGCAGGACAUAUUCCGGGAUUACAAAUAUGGGAAAUUGAAAAUUUCUUACCAAAUCAAAUUGAAGAAGUUGCACAUGGCAAAUUUUACGAAGGCGAUUGUUAUAUUAUUUUAAAGACAAGUAUCGAUGACAGUGGUUCAUUGAUAUGGGCAAUUUAUUUUUGGAUUGGAGAAAAAGCAACGUUGGAUAAACGUGCUUGUGCUGCAAUUCAUGCGGUAAAUUUGCGAAAUUAUCUUGGCGCUCAAUGUCGUACAAUUCGAGAAGAACAAGGCGAUGAAUCUGAUGAAUUUCUUUUACUUUUUGACUCAGAAAUUACGUACAUCGAAGGUGGACGUACCUCGUCUGGAUUUUAUACUGUUGAAGAUACUCCGGUAGUGAGACGAUUGUAUCGUGUACACGCGGCAGGCGCUUCAAUUCAUAUGGAACCAGUUCCAGUUUAUUUGGAAUCACUUGAUCCUGGUUAUGUAUUUGUUCUUGAUAUUGGAAUUAAAAUAUUCAUUUGGUAUGGAAAAUCAGCGAAAAAUACAUUAAAAUCAAAAGCAAGACUGAUGGCGGAGAAAAUUAAUAAAAAUGAAAGAAAAGGAAAAUCUGAUAUUAUAACAGAAACAAUGGGAACGGAGAGUGAUGAUUUUUGGAAUUGUUUAAUAAAUGAUAAGGAAAUAAACGAACGUCCUACCACUCCCUGUGAACAUGUUGAUCCUGAUUUUAUGCCGGUUAUUCCACGAUUGUAUCAAGUUCAACUUGGAAUGGGAUAUUUAGAAUUGCCACAGGUCGAAGUACCACAUGGAAAAUUGACAAAUACAUUGUUGAAUAAUCGAAAUGUUUAUAUUCUUGAUUGUUAUCUCGAUGUUUAUGUUUGGUUUGGAAAAAAAUCAACAAGAUUGGUUCGCGCAGCUGCUGUUAAAUUAUCUCAGGAAUUAUUUAACAUGAUUGAACGUCCCGAUUAUGCAAUGGUUACCCGCCUUCAAGAAGGAACCGAAUCACAGAUAUUUAAAUGCAAAUUUGCUGGAUGGGACGAAGUAAUUGCUGUUGAUUUUACAAGAACUGCUGAAUCUGUUGCUAAAACUGGUGCCGAUCUUACAAAAUGGGCGAAACAACAAGAUACAAAGGCUGAUCUUGCGGCAUUAUUUAUGCCUCGUCAGCCAUCAAUGUCAUCAGCUGAAGCCCAACAAUUAAUGGCAGAAUGGAAUGAUGAUUUAGAAGCAAUGGAAGCACUCGUUUUAGAGGGGAAAAAAUUCGUUCGUUUACCUGAGGAUGAGCUGGGACAUUUUUAUAGUGCCGAUUGUUAUGUCUUCCUUUGUCGUUAUUGGGUGCCCCUUGACGUGAUGGAAAAUGAAGAUGGGGAUGAUCAAUGUGAAGAUGAUUUUCAAUGUAUGGUAUAUUUUUGGCAAGGAAGAGAUGCUGGUAACAUGGGUUGGUUAACAUUUACAUUUAGUUUAUUGAAAAAAUUUAAAUCACUAUUUGGAGAAAAAUUAGAAGUUGUACGAACACAUCAACAACAGGAGAAUCUUAAAUUUAUGGCACAUUUUAAAAAGAAAUUCAUUAUACAUCAGGGUAAACGUAAACAAAAAAUUCCGAAUAAAGUUGAAUUUUAUCAUUUAAGAAGUAAUGGCAGUACAUUGUGUACGAGACUCAUUCAAGUUCCGCCCGAUGCUUCGCUUUUAAAUUCUGCAUUUUGUUACAUUUUGAAUGUACCAUUUAAUAAUGACGAUGAAACGGGAAUCGUUUACGUGUGGAUUGGAUCGAAGGCUGAUGUUGAAGAAAGUAGAUUAAUUGAAACCAUCGCCGAGGAAAUGUUCAAUAAUCCUUGGAUCAGUUUACAAGUAUUGAAUGAAGGAGAGGAGCCAGAUAAUUUUUUUUGGGUUGGUUUAGGUGGGAAAAAACAAUACGAAACUGAUGCUGAAUACAUGCAAUAUACUAGACUAUUUAGAUGUUCGAAUGAAAAAGGAUAUUUCACUAUCAGUGAAAAAUGUACCGAUUUCUGUCAGGAUGAUUUGGCAGAUGAUGAUAUUAUGAUUCUCGAUAAUGGAGAACAAGUUUUUCUCUGGCUAGGAACACGUUGUUCAGAGGUGGAAAUAAAAUUGGCCUACAAAUCAGCUCAGGUUUACAUUCAACAUUUGCGAGUAAAACAACCAGAGAAGCCGCGAAAAUUGUUUCUUUCUGCGAAAGGAAAAGAAUCUCGUCGUUUUACAAAAUGUUUUCACGGUUGGGGACAACAUAAGCGGGCACCGGAAUAAUUUAUUUAUUUAUUUUCAUUCUUUUUUUUUUUUAACAAUAUAUCAAUUAGAGCGUUCUAAUUGUUCUAAUAUUUAAAGACUAACAUUUUUUAACGAAUAAUUAUUAUGGAGGACUUUUUUUUUAAACUAGUGAAUUUGCUCUGUGAGCAGAAUCUAAAAAAAAAAAUGGUCGAGUUUAAAAAAAAACAUAAAAAUGGGUUUUUUCUUUUGUAUUAUAAAAAAAAGUGCCAAUUUUUUUUUUCAUUAAAAAUCGCAAAUAGAAUGAAUGAAUGUAAUUUGCGAUCGUGUGUAUUAUAAAAUAUUUGUAUAUAAUUGUAGAAUAUUGAGUGGAUUUUUUUUUUGCUAAAUAAAUAUCUUAAUUGCAAUUUUUUAA